CCAAGGACCCGCUGACAUGGGCCGCGUUCGCACCAAAACCGUGAAGAAGGCAGCCCGGGUCAUCACUGAGAAGUACUACACGCACCUGGGCAACGACUUCCACACCAACAAGCGCAUGUGCGAGGAGAUCGCCAUCAUUCCCAGCAAGAAGCUCCACAACAAGAUCGCAGGCUAUGUCACACAUCUGAUGAAGCUGAUUCAGAGAGGCCCAGUGAGAGGUAUCUCCAUCAAGCUGCAGGAGGAGGAGAGAGAGAGGAGAGAUAAUUACGCGCCUGAGGUCUCAGCCCUGGAUCAGGAAAUCAUUGAAGUAGAUCCUGACACUAAGGAAAUGCUGAAGCUCUUGGACUUUGGCAGUCUGUCCAAGCUGCAGGUCACUCAGCCUACAGUUGGGAUGAAUUUCAAAACACCACGUGGAGCCGUUUGAAUCUUUCUGCUGUGCUGUAAUAUUUUCAAUAAACCUCGGACAAAAAAAAAAAAAAAAAAAAAA